AUGGCAUUGGAAGCACUGAAAUCCAGGAGACGGAGCGACUACAAGUUCGCGUUGGAGUAUCGGACGCGAUGGAGUGACAAUGACAUGUACAGCCACGUGAACAACAGCGUAUACUAUUACCUCUUCGACUCGGUCGUCAACACGUACCUCAUCGAGCGCUGCUCACUGCAUCCUCCCACAUCUUCCCAGAUUGGUCUCGUGGUGCACUCCCACUGCGACUACUUCGCCCCGGUCGAGUUCCCCUCGGUCGUCGAUGUCACCUUGAGAGUCAAUAAGCUGGGCAAGAGCUCAGUAACGUACGAGAUUGGGGUAUUUGAACGGGGCCAGGACGAAGUCAAAGCCGUCGGGGAGUUUGCCCACGUCUUUGUGGAUAGAGGCAGUAGAAAGCCGGUGAAGCACGGCAUGGCGGAAGCGUUGAGGACAGGCCUGAGCAAGAUUCUGGUGCAAAAGCCAAAGCUCUGA